GCUUCUCCCUUCGCGCGACUGCCACAGGCGCGACUAGUUCCGGCGGUGGCUCGCUUGAUCAGGCUGUGGUGGAGGUGUGUCGCGAAGCGUUCAAGCGCGAUUUUGGCAUAAUACAGGACAGGAUGGCGGAACACCGCGCUGCCAAAUCCGGACUCGCGGCUGAAGCUCACAGCAAGAUCCAGUCCAAGUAUGAUCCAGAGCUGGCAGGUCAACUGCUUGCCUGGGUUAAGGAUGUCACUGGCCAGGACAUCAACACUUCCGGGGACAUGGACAAUUUCUAUGAAACGCUGAAGGAUGGCGUUCUUCUCUGCCACCUGGUAAACUCGAUCAAGGCAGCUAGCAUUCCGGAGAAAAAGAUCAACCAGAGCAAGAUGGCUUUCAAGUGCAUGGAGAACAUCAACCUGUUUCUGGAGCAUGCACGUCAAAUGGGUGUCCCUGCCCAGGAGACCUUCCAGACUGUCGACCUGUGGGAGAGGCAGAACCUGCUCUCAGUCUCCAUCUGCCUCCAGUCUCUGGCCAGAAAGGCACCUAAGUUCGGUGUCAAAGGCAUGGGACCUAAAGAGGCCGAAGCAAAUGUUCGGAACUUCAGUGAGGAACAGCUCAAGGCUGGCCAGAAUGUUAUCAGUCUCCAGUACGGAUCCAACAAGGGUGCAACACAAAGUGGCAUCAACUUUGGCAAUACCCGCCACAUGUGAAGUUGAGAGUUCACUCAAAAUGCCUGAUAGGAACAAAGGCAAAUCUUCAGUGCAUUUCAGUUGAAAUGCUUCCCCUGUUACGAAUGUCUUCUUGUUCAUUCCAAGAUUGGCUAGCAAGUUUGUUGGCUCUUCUAAGUCAAGUUGCAAACUUCCUCUGCGUACUUAUAGAAACCAGCUUCCUCUUUACUCUGCGACUACUUGCUUCUAGUUAAAUAGAAGUAACAUUGCAUGGUGCGAUUGUGCCAGAGAGUCUUUACAGUAGUGUUGCUGGCCAUCUUCAUUGUUAAGCCACUAUGUUUUCCAUGCCUCCGGUCGUUUGUCAAAGGUUACGUACUAUGUGGGGGCCAAAUUUUGAUGCGUUAGUCAGAGAGAACAAUGCCUAUUGAAGGGCAACCUUUGUUACCUGUGCAAAGAAUGUUACCAUUUUAAACUGUUAUUUUUGUAUUGAAUAAAGUACUACAGUUUUAAA